CAUGCACACCACUGUUGAUUUCACACAGCCUGAUGGUGGAUGCCCAGUGACAAGUGGUUGCUGGACAGAACCAGAAGCGUCUACUAUUGCCUUGAUGCACAUUACUUAAUAGCAAUAUGGAAUGGCUGCUGGGUUUGGUAUGUGGUCUGAUGUGUUUUGGAUUUCUCACUGAAGCUCAACCCAAAAUCCGUGUGGUUAAGCCAAUCAUGGUGGCACUGGCUGGAGAAACACUCAAUCUUGAGUUUAAUGUGACUGUGCCAGUGAACCAAAGCUCAGUUCAAUUUGUCUGCCAUUGUCGUCGCCACAAAAAAGUGCUAAAAUCUUAUGACGUCUUGGAAACAAAAACAAUUUCAUGGAAACUGUCUGUUUUGAAUAGUUCAGAUUCAGGAGAAUACUACUGUGAGUACCAGAAGACAAUAGCCUCCUGGGAGAUCCUAGUAAGAGAUGUGGGAUACCGGGAGUCAGUUUCUAGAGAUGCAGUCCUCAUACUGAAUGUGGCUCUGAAUGUGGGCCUUUUCCUCUUCAGUAGCAUUGGGUCCAUAAUUCUUCUGAUGGACUACAGGAAACAGCACAAACUGAGGAAUGAGAGAAAGGAAGAAGGGGAAGGGGAAAUGGUGAAUGAAGUGGAAGAUGCAGUUGCCACUGACUCUGUUUACACAGCUCUUGAACAUGGGACUUCCUCAAUUUACAAUGUGCUAGACCCAUCAGCAAAUGACAUGGACCAAACAUGUGUGCAGCAGACUGACAACUCACAAAAGGAGGAUGGCAUAUUUGAAUCUGUCUAUGAAAAUUUUUGAUGUGCUCUAUUUUUUUUCAUUUUCUUUUGCCCUUUCAUCAUCACUUUCAUUGCUGUAAUGUACUUCAACCUGCAUGUUUUCAAGAACAGAACAUGCGUUUCAUUAAAUUACUUCCUACAACAAUUUCAUGUAGGCUUACAAUAUGAAAACAUGAAGCAGUCUGAAACGUACUAUUGAAACUGAAAUAUACUAUUUGAAUUUGUUAUGUUUUGACGAAAUAAAUGAAAAUAUAACAUAAAUAA